UGGCGUCACACUCCCGCGAGAGUGUUGAAAGUUCAGAAUCAGAACCGUUCAGUUUUGACCGAAGUAAUUGUUUUGCUUCUCCCACGAUGUAGUCAAGAUGGUAACGUGGUAGUUUAAGUGGAAAGUAGUUCUUAGUGCUUUAGCAGUCACUCGGAUAUUGGUUACACCAACGCAAGCAGUGCCGCAGCAAGCUAACGUGAAGGACAUCUUGACUUUUCCCGAAUGAGUUCCCAAUCUUGACUACUAGUGACACAUUUGUCGCGCAAAUGUUUAUGUCUGUAAACUGGGAAACCACUCACUGUAAGCACCUCGGUGCAACUUGGCGCUCUGGUCAUUUAUACUGACAUUAAAAUACCAGGAGCAAUGACGUUAGCUUACUGGAAUGUCACGGUAUACAUUGUUCAGCCAUCGUAAUAAACACGACCAUUUCUGACACACUUUUUAACUAGCUCGCGGUUGGUGUUAUCAGCAAGAUUGAAUAACUUACUUAAACAUAACAGAAAAUGUGUUAUUUGGUGAAAAGUCUGAGUUCAAAGCCGUCCGGAGUUAGAGUAUGACGUCAUUUUAACAUUAGACGUAUCCCUUCUAGCCAUUACCAGAAAAUAGACCUUACUCGACGGAAAUUACAUCACCACAAACAGCGCUUUGUUUUUCGACCUUCCUCGAAGGAAGUGCAGCGCAGAGAAGACGGACAAGAAAGAAAAAAAAUAGAAAAAAACAUUGAAGAGAAAAAAAACCCUCAACGAUUUGUACUGAUUUUCUAAACUGUUCCGGCCAGCGGGAAUUCCGGGAAGGGAGAGAGUUGUCAGUAGAGAAAUUAUGGAGGAUUCACAUUUUAACUCUCAGUACUUCUGGUCCCCUGUGCCUGUACAAGGACAGAUUGAGAACGCCAUGUUCCUGAAGCAGCUGAAGGACCAGGAGAAGAACGCUUCAUUCCCCUCUUCCUCCUCGCAUUACCAGACGGCCGUGCUCACUGUCCCCAAGCAGGAGGGAGCGGGGCAGGGCAAGGGUGGUCACCUACACCCCCCUCACACCCAGAACAUCACUGUGGUCCCUGUACCUUCCACGGGGAUCAUGACAGCAGCUGGUCUGGUGAUCACCACUCCUCAAGGCACACAGCUGGUGUCCCCUGCCGCGUCCUCUCAGUCCUUCGUCUCCGGACACCCCACCACCACCAUGAUUGUCUCCACGCUGCACGCUCCAGAAAAUCCACAUACCAACUUUAACCUCGACUUCUACCAUCAACCUCUACCAUCUACCUCCAAAAACGAUGCUCUUGAUGUGCUGAAAAAAGGCUUAGGUUACAAGAAACAGGAAGGUGGAACACAACAGGUGGUUGUUAUGCCAACACCAUCGAAGCGGGGCAGGAAGAAGAAGUCUACACUAGGGAGGGCGGGGCCUGCCACUGGCCACACCCUUUCUGCUGGAAAUGAGGCAUUGAUCCUGGCUCAUCUGGCAUCAGGAGGGCAGGUGGUUAUGUCUUCGCAGCAUCAUACAACUGACCCGUAUGACCUCGCAAACGAAGACCAUGGUGGGAAAGAUGGCAACAAAACCUACAGGUGCCGGAUGUGUGCCGUGACCUUCUUCAGUAAGUCAGACAUGCAGAUCCACUCCAAGUCUCACACAGAGGCCAAGCCCCACAAGUGUCCCCACUGCUCCAAGUCCUUCGCCAACUCCAGCUACCUGGCCCAACACAUCCGCAUCCACAGCGGAGCCAAGCCCUACACCUGCUCCUACUGCCAGAAGUCCUUUAGACAGCUCAGUCACUUACAGCAGCACACACGGAACCACACAGAGGCCAAGCCCCACAAGUGUCCCCACUGCACUAAGUCCUUUGCCAACUCCAGCUACCUGGCCCAACACAUCCGCAUCCACACAGGGGUGAAGCCGUACAGCUGUUCUUUCUGUCAGAAGUCCUUCAGACAGCUCAGUCAUCUACAGCAGCACAACAGAAUCCACACCGGAGACCGGCCUUACAAGUGUGUUCAUCCGGGCUGUGAGAAAUCCUUCACCCAACUCUCCAACCUACAGUCCCACAGAAGGCAGCACAACAAGGACAAACCCUUCAAGUGUACCAACUGUAAUCGCGGUUACACGGACGCGGCAAGUUUGGAAGUCCACCUGUCCACCCACACGGUCAAACACGCCAAGCUCUACUCCUGUGGCCUCUGCAAUCGCACAUACACCUCGGAGACGUACCUGGUAAAACACAUGCAGAAACACAACCCAGACCCACUCACUGCAGCAGCUGUCGCUGCAGCAAGGCAGACUCAGCAGAACCAGAACCAAAACCAGAAUCAGGGUGGUUCUCAAGGCAGAGGAGAAGGCAAUGACAUUGGGGCAGGCCGUAUUGGAGGAGGGGGACAAGGUGGAGGUCAGGGACAGAACCAGGUGCAAAACCAGGGCAGCUACUCCCAGACAGAGACUGUAUCCUGCCCUUUUGACCUGCACCAGUAUAAGACAGUUUCUGCAGGGGACAUCCAGUUCAAAACAGUCAGCGUAGCAGACCUAGCCGCCCACAAGGACCUUUGUCUGACUGUGGCUACUUCCACCAUCCAGGUGGAGCACCUAAACUCAUAGGGGUGAGGGUGGGAGUGGUAGAGACGGAACCUGGAGGAUACCUAUGGACAGACUGGAUCAAAGCAAUACAGAGAGGAUCUAGAACGAUGGUACUGUGCCUGAAAGAUGGCUAUUGGAAGAGGAAGAAAAGAAAUGUUGACUCAUAGAUGGAUGGAUCUGGGAAAGGUGAACUUUUUGUACUUUUUUGUACAAAUUUCUCACUUUUACCUCAUUAUGCCUAGGUUGUGUUGGUUUGGGUUUUUGUGCUCUUGUCUAAAGGAUGGCUAGUGUCCGCUGUUGUUAAAGAAAUGUUUCUUUGUUAACGCAGUGGUGAGGAAAAGACACAAAAAAAAGUCAGAGGACUGUGACCCAAAUAGAGACUGUUUUCUUUUUCCCUUUUGCUAUUUUACAGUAUAUCCUACUGCUCUUCCCUGCAAACACAACUUUGCUAUGGUUACAUAAGGGAAGUGCCUAAUGAAAACUGACAGAUAACUGUGAAGGUACAUUUUUCUACUUUCCUACAGAUACUUUCAGAUUUCGAUUACCUUGUCCUUGUUAUGGUUACUGUAAUCUACCUUGUAAAUUUUACUGAUAGACAAAUUUUUUCACUGAAAAAGGGAAGUAAGGCUGUUUUUUAAAUAAUAAAAAACCAUAUUAGUUUCAAAAUAUAUAGUGUGCGUGUGUGCGGGCGCGCGUGUGUGUGUAAAGAAAUAAAUGUAUUAUCUAUACCAAACUAUAUAUACUCUAAUACUGACAUUUAGCCUAUCAGUUCACAAGCCAAUCAUAAUGCCCUGUUUACCUCGCAUGACUUCCCUGUAAGAACUGGAAAAUGAAUUGUUUGACUGGUUCUGGUUUUAUGUAAUUCUUGUAGUAUUUCUUUUUGUGGUUGUGUCCUAAGAAUAUAAUUGUUAUGCAAUAUUCUGUCGAUACUUCCACUGCUCUUAUACUAAAGUUUAUGCUCCAUUACAAAUAGACUGACACAUCUGAGAAUACAGUGUGUUUUCCCUCAUCAAAAAAUAAAAACAUCCUGUGAAAUCCAA